AUGUUUCCACUGUUUAGAGUUGUCUCAACACUCUUCAUAGGUUCUCUUCAGUGUGAUCGUUGUCCAUUAGAGUUCUGGUCCAACACUAACAGAACUGCCUGUGACCCACGUCAGCUGGACUUCCUCUCCUUUAAUGAAACUCUGGGCAUCGCUCUGACUACAGCAGCUGUAUUUGGAGCCAAAGUGACAACAGUUGUGUUUGUGGUCUUUAUUUCUUAUCGCCAAACACCUGUGGUCAGAGCCAACAACUCAGAACUGAGCUUCCUGCUUCUUGUGUCGUUGAAGCUGUGCUUCCUGUGCUCCCUGGUUUUCAUUGGUCGUCCAUCAGUCUGGUCUUGUCGCUUCCAGCAGGCGGCUUUUGGAAUCAGUUUUGUACUUUGCGUUUCCUGUCUCCAAAUUAAAACCAUGGUGGUUUUAGCAGCUUUCCGCUCAACUCGACCUGGUGCUGAAACCUUCAUAAAAUGGUUUGGCCCAUCCCAACAGAGAGGAAGUGUCUGCCUCCUGACAUGUGUACAGAUCAUCAUCUGUACUGUUUGGCUGUCCCUUAGUCCUCCUGAGCCCAAACGUGAUCUGGGCUUCCAAGGGUCAAAGGUCACCCUGCAGUGUGCCAUGGCCUCUGUGGUGGGCUUCUCUCUGGUCCUGGGCUACAUUGGCCUUCUGGCCUGCACUUGUCUCCUCUUGGCCUUUCUUGCUCGGAAGCUCCCAGACAACUUCAAUGAGGCCAAGCUGAUCACCUUCAGCAUGCUGAUCUUCUGUGCUGUCUGGGUGGCCUUUGUACCCGCUUACAUUAGCUCUCCUGGGAAAUAUUCAGUGGCUGUGGAGAUUUUUGCAAUCUUGGCUUCCAGCUAUGGUUUAUUGCUCUGUAUAUUUGCUCCAAAAUGUUUCAUUAUCCUUUUGAGACCUGAGAGAAACACAAAGAAGCAUUUGAUGGGAAGGUAAUGAAAAUAAAUUAUUAAAUAUUAACUGUUUAUAUUAUUAAAUACAUAUAUCACACACUAGCAUCUGUUAAUUUAAAUCAUUACUAAAAUUUAAUCUCAGAACAGAACAUGAGGAUGGGCUGAUCUUUACUGUACUGUAUUUGAUACUGUGGUGUGGGGGCUCUACCUUGUGGUGAGAGUGAAGAAAACAAUCUAACAACUCACUUUGUUGAUCUUUCUUUCUUGAAUCUUUCUUGAAUGGAAGACACUUUGAUAUGUGAUUUGGACCAUUUUAUUAUUACUUCUAAUUUUAAAAACACAAUGCAAUAAAAAAAUACUUUUGCAAUAAUAAGAUUCAAAGUGCACGGGUUGCCU